GACCAAUAGCGAACAGACCUCGAGAUGACGCUAUCCAAUAAGACGUCAUCGUUCCCAUAGCGUCGGUUAGUCUUGCUGAGUAAGUAGUGUGUGUUCGUUAGUCGUGAGUGUUGGAUAUUGGUGCUGGUGUUGAGAGAAUAGUAGAAAAUGGCACGUACGAAGCAAACAGCGCGUAAGUCUACUGGUGGAAAAGCGCCAAGGAAGCAGUUGGCGACAAAAGCAGCUCGUAAAAGUGCACCUUCAACUGGAGGUGUGAAGAAACCUCAUCGUUACAGGCCUGGAACUGUGGCAUUGCGAGAAAUCAGACGUUACCAGAAGUCAACUGAGUUGCUGAUCCGCAAAUUGCCAUUCCAGCGUUUGGUGAGAGAAAUUGCUCAGGAUUUCAAGACGGACUUGCGCUUUCAGAGCGCUGCAAUUGGAGCUCUUCAGGAAGCAAGUGAAGCCUACCUGGUGGGGCUCUUUGAAGAUACAAACCUUUGUGCCAUCCAUGCAAAACGUGUGACCAUUAUGCCUAAAGAUAUUCAGCUUGCUCGGCGCAUCCGUGGUGAACGUGCUUAAAUGAAGCAUUAUGGCAUUGUGGAAGUGCCACAUUCCAACCCUGGCAAAUUACAUUACCAGCUGGUUUUGACUGUCCUAAUGUUGAACAUAAACCCUUAUAACACUGCCAAGUUUGAAGACAUUUUACUGUGCACUUCAUUUAAAGCUGUAGUGGCUGAAGUUAAUGUAUUGCUGCAAGUGAAGAAGCCACUAUAUUUUGUGUCCAUUUAGGGUGUUUUGUAAAAUGGUCUUGCUGAAGUGCAUAAAAGUUCUCUAGAACAUGUAAUUUCACUAAUUGUUAAAGCACAAUUUGUGUGUAGUUCUAUUUAAGUGACAUUGUGUAGUUUGUGGUCUAAACUGUGACUUGUGUAGAUGUUAGAAUUAAGGCAUUUAAGUUUUUCUUGUAGUUCUUAUGGUCUUGUGGAGAUCUAACUAGAUGUAGACGAGGAGUUUGUCUGAGCUCGAGUAUAUGCAUAUGUAUUUUGAAUCUUUAUGAUCUUUUUACUUUCAUAUUUUUCUCCAAAAUAGUAUGUGGUUUACAUGUUGACAGUUUGGCUUAUUUUUCAGCAGUUUGGAAUAAAGCAUUAGUAUGUACUGAA